CCGGGCCGGCACCGAGCUCGGCGAGGCGGAUGGAGAGUCUGGCCGAGGCCGGCGGUGCCGCCUCCUCGUCGGGCUGGGGACGGCGGGCCGAGGCCUUUGUGUGAGGAGGAGGCGGCGGCGGCGGCGCGGCGACGGAGGCGGCGAUGGUGCCCUGGACCCCGCGGAGCCGGAGCCCAUUGCCCUGCAGCCGUUUGGAACUCUGUCUUCUCAUGCUGUCCACAGAUUAAUGGUGCUGAUAAGAUAGAAACUCCAUAGGAUCUGCUAAAAUGGGCAUGAGGAUCAAACUCCACAGCACCAAUCACCCCAACAACCUACUGAAGGAGCUCAACAAAUGCAGGCUGUCGGAAACCAUGUGUGAUGUCACCAUCGUGGUCGGAAGCCGCUCGUUCCCAGCCCACAAGGCUGUGCUUGCUUGUGCAGCGGGUUACUUCCAGAACCUUUUCCUGAAUGCAGGACUAGAUGCUGCCAGAACCUAUGUAGUGGACUUUAUCACCCCAGCCAACUUUGAGAAAAUCUUGAGCUUUGUCUACACGUCGGAACUCUUCACUGACUUGAUCAAUGUGGGGGUCAUCUAUGAGGUAGCCGAGCGCUUGGGCAUGGAAGAUCUCCUCAAGGCUUGCCACUCCACCUUCCCUGACCUGGAGAGCACAGUUGUGACCAAGCCCACAACCAGCUCCAGUGAAGGCCGUUCUAGCACACAGAGCAGCACUUCAGCCGAACCGGCUCAUUCCCUUGGAGAGCUCCGAAGCGUCGGAGACCAGUUUGGUCCUGAGAGGAACUACAUCUUGCACAGUGAUGUUGGGAUAAGCUAUAAAGAGGAGAGAAAUCCUUCCAGUGACAGCAACCACAGCUUGCCUCUGUUACACCAGCCGCUGCCAUCUAAGACAGAAGAGCACGAUGCUCCUGUCCCAUUCGCUUCAGUUACAAGCAUGGUAGCGCAGCCAGGCGUUGGUACCCUCAGUAUAGGCGCGCCAGCUAAUUCAAGCUCCUUCCAGCCUUUCAAGGUUCAGAGCAAUGGGGACUUUAGCAAAAAUAGCUACUUUACCCCUGAUAACCCAUUGGAUAUCUCCACAGGGAGUAACUCCUGUCCAAGCAACAGUGACCACUCCAAAGAUCAGGGGUUUGGACAGAUGGAUGAGCUGCAGUUGGAGGAGCUUGGGGAAGAUGACCUGCAGUUUGAAGAUCCUGGAGAAGAUCUAGUUCCAACAGAUGAAGUGAUAGAGUUGAGUGAUGACAGUGAGGAGGAGCUGACAUUUGGAGAAAAUGAACACCGGGAGAGUAAAGCCAUGCCCUGCCAGGUGUGUAAGAAAGUGCUAGAGCCCAACAUUCAGCUGAUCCGGCAGCAUGCUCGGGACCAUGUGGACCUGCUGACAGGUAACUGCAAGGUCUGUGAGACCCACUUCCAGGACCGAAACUCAAGGGUUACCCACGUCCUGUCUCACAUUGGCAUUUUUCUCUUUUCCUGUGAUAUGUGUGAAACCAAAUUCUUCACCCAGUGGCAGCUGACCCUUCACCGAAGGGAUGGAGUAUUUGACAACAACAUUAUUGUUCAUCCCAGUGAUCCACUACCUGGGAAGCUUGGUCUUUUUGUGGGGGGAGCUAGCCCAGAGCUAAAAUGUGCUGCUUGUGGGAAGGUGCUGGUCAGAGAUUUCCACAUGGUUCGGGGCCACAUUCUAGACCACUUGAACUUGAAGGGCCAAGCCUGUAGUGUUUGUGACCAACGCCACCUCAGUCUCUGCAGCCUCAUGUGGCACACUCUUUCCCACCUGGGCAUUUCUGUCUUCUCAUGCUCUGUCUGUGCCAAUAGCUUUGUAGACCGGCACCUCUUAGAGAAGCACAUGGCUGUUCACCAGAGCCUGGAAGAUACACUCUUCCACUGCCCCUACUGCAGCCAGAGCUUCAAGGCAGAGGCUGCAUACCGAUACCACGUCAGCCAACACAAGUGCAGUGGAGGAAGCAGCCUCGACUCAAGGUCUGGUUUUGGAGACCGAUUACAACAUCCGGCUUUUCAGAAGCGGAAAUUGCCAUCAGAUGAGUUCCUGAGUGAGGAGCUGGCCCUGCAGAGCCAAUCUGGGAAUAGCAAGUAUAGCUGCAAAGUGUGUGGCAAGAGGUUUGCCCACACAAGUGAGUUCAACUACCAUCGGCGAAUACACACAGGAGAAAAACCCUACCAGUGCAAGGUGUGCCAUAAGUUCUUCCGUGGCCGUUCGACCAUUAAGUGCCACCUGAAGACACACUCAGGUGCUCUCAUGUACCGCUGUACAGUCUGUGGCCACUACAGCUCCACCCUCAAUCUCAUGAGCAAGCACAUAACUGUGCAUAAGGGCAGCCUUCCACCUGACUUCACCAUUGAACAGACAUUCAUGUACAUUAUCCAUUCCAAAGAGGCGGAGAAGAACCUGGACAGCUGAUUGGGCUACAUUAGACCUGAGGGCCUGGUCCCAAAAAAGUAGCCAGGAUGUUGCUUUUCCAAUGGCCUAUUGGCCCCUGACUGAAGUUACAAUUUGCCUUGCUAGGAAUUCCAAUUCACGUUGUGUUAAAGGAAGAAAGGAAAGAAAUAGCACACAAACUGAGAAAUCAUUUUUGAAAAGCAAUGACCCUACCAUGUUUACCUCCACACCUGCUCGUGGCUGAGGCCACGUUUUUGGUUCUUUGGGGAGCUGGGAUUAUGAUCUAGUAACAGAGACAGAAAUUGAUUUCCACUAGGUCCUUACUCCCCAGACUCUCUAGUUUUAGUUCACUGUUAGGUUUUAUGCUGCUAAGAAUCCAACCCACAGCCUCAAUGAAAAGGGGAGGUGAGAAGAAGUCUUCAAACUGCUUUUUAGUUUCACUGUAGGCAUUACCACAGCUCUGUGGCCUCCAGCAGGAUUAACCAGUUCCAAAGAUGAUCCCAGAAAUAUGAUCAUUCAGAGAGUCCAACUAGUCAGGGCAGUCCACCUCGAAUUCUGAGUUCUAGCCUUUAAGGUGUUGGUGCUAGCCUGCUACACAGACUUACCCGAAGUCCCUUUGAGUGUUAAAGGUAGUUGGACAAGAUGAAGAACCUUUGAAUUGAAGUGAGGGCUUUGUAUUUAGAAAAAGGAGUAAGACAAAAAGUUUAGAGAUGGUGAAGCCUAGCCCAGAAGGAGUUAUCCUGUAGAGCGAUUUGAAACUGGGUGUAGGUGUGGGCAGUAAGGUGGAUUUCUUCCCUCCUCAUUUCCAAAGAAAAAUGGUUUUAGGGCAUGCCAGCCAAGGCUUUCAGGACUUCCCCAAGGGGACAGGGAUAGUGAACCACCCUAAUGUAGACAUCUGUCACUCUGGUCCUCUCCAUCUAUCCACAGGUAUGAGAGGAUGAACCUUGGGCACCCUGGGGGAGAGGUUGUAAUGUUUCUGUCAGCAGUAACCUUGCCUUAAUUUUCACCCAGUCUCCUGCCCCCAAAAAAGUCUAUGUCUUGGCCCAUAGUUCAGAUAGGAAAGAAACCCUGUUGUGAUGGAGUGGUUGGUCCUGUGAGUCCUUUAGAGUUGAUGGGACCAGUUAAUAAUAGUGGCAUUAUAUUGGUGGGGUGUACGUUUUUACUGUCGAUUUUUAUCAGGUAACUCUUUUUUGGUUUUGUUUCUUUUUACAUGCACUAACAGGCAGGAGGCAAGCAGUGCUUUAGUAGCCCACCUUUUACUUGCUGGAAUUCAUCCUGAACUGUCCAUGUGUCACCCCUAGGGGGUACUGUUGGAUGGACCUAACCAGUCCACACACAGGAACUGGCUGAUCCUUUUUUUAUUUUGUUUAUAAAAGGGUCAUGCCCAAAGAAGGAGGGAGGGAGAGAGGGAUCCCUCUGAACUUGAUCUUGCAUGUUCACAAGGUAGCACCCUCAACCAGAGUUGCCCUCAGUAACUCAUACUACCUCACCCAGAGCAAAUGCGCUGGGAGUUCGCAGCCACAGCCCCACACACUGCCACCUGUGUGAACUUGGCAACGCCCAGUGCCAUUUCACAAGCAAGUGAUUUUAAUUAACCCUCAAAGCCUUUUUAAACUUUAAUAUUUAUUAUUUUUGUAUACAGAUCAUCCAGCAUCUGCUUUGUAUGACAGAUUUCAGGAAAAUGAGAUUCCCAGCAGUGAGUGGCCACGUCCCAGGAAAUAGUUCUGAACCAGGGAUUUUGGUGACAGGGGCGCAGUCCAGUCAAGAACAAGCCAAAUGGGCCCUAACCGGGUCUAAUCUGUACUGAGAGGUGCCCUCCUCCCACAAACAGGGGAAUCAUAUCUUCUAGGAGUCUGGAAUGACCUAAUAAUGGAAACUUGUGAACUUACUAAUUCCUCUUCCCAAAUCUGUAGGUAGAGUUACCUGAGAGGUUUCUAAGGAAGACAGGGGACCAGGUUUGGUAGGCCAGUGAUUUCUUGGUGGAUGGCUUUGAACUCCUUCCUAAAGUAGGAAAUUUGUCAUUUCCCUGUUAAUAAAUAGCAAGAUGGGCAAGCCAAAGUUCCCUAUCUAUUGACUUGCUGAUUCUUUGCUUCAAGGUGCUGUUGUCUAUAAGUGGAGCCCCUUUUCUAGCACAGCAAAGCAGUAUCUUACUCAGAAAUAGAACAACUCUUUCUCCAUAGUGUCUGUUCAGGCAGAUGGGAUAUGGUGGUGAGGGGUCGUGAACAGGAGCCAUUGCUGGUCCACUUUCUUCUACUGACCACCAACCUGUUAGAGUCUUACUUGAGAGACUCACUAUGAAAGUUGUACUGGCGCCCUUUUCUUAUUGACAGGCCCUUCCUUUCCCCCUUCCCCUUCACCAUUAUAGAUAUAAAAGGUUAACUUGAUGUGAAAGUUAGAGAUGAUCUGGCAUCCACCAAGCUUGCCUACCCUGAGUAAGUUUCUGUCCCUGGUAUACCCUACCUCUCACCCCACCCUUACCCCCACUCCCAGCUCCUACCCAAAGUUGGAAAGUAGGUGAUUCUUAGAUGGCAGGAUUUAGAAGAAGCAAUACUAACUAAGGCCUAGUCAAAGGGACAUGCUAGAGAAAUCCCUUUUUUGUAUCUAAGAGCUCUUUGGGUGCUGAGUGGUCUGUGAAUUUUAACUGAAGCUGUGAAGUUUUUUUUUCUUUUAGUAAACCAAAUAAACACAUCCCAGAAGCUUUCCCCCUAAAACACUAAGCAAAAGACUGAAGUCCCUUAUUCCUGGCCCAAAGCCAGGAGGAACAGCCACCCCCACAGCAUUCCUCCCCUACUGAGAGGGUGGUAUAUGUGUGCUCAGUCCCAGUCAGACAUGUAGCAGCGCCAGUAGCUAAUGAGGCUUCUUAACCAAAUCCUUGUGCUCUGUACUCGCACAUAUUCAUUCUUGGACCUCUUCUUUUAUGUUUGGGGCUUUCUGUUUCCUCUGCCUUCCAGCUCACCUUCUGAACUGGUUGUCUUAUAACACCAUAGUCUUGUAGCAAGUGAUACUGUAGUAGAAUUUUGUUUUUUAAUUUGAAGUCUGGUUUACAGCUUUCAAAUUCGUUUGGCUUUUUUAACCAACCCCUUCCCCCCUUCUUGGAAUAUUCUGCUUUCAUGUGCUGUCUAGUCUCUCCUUGACACUGAGUCUCCUCUGUUCUUCCUUAUUCCUGUCCUGCCAACUCAGGAUCUGGGUUCGGAAUUUAAGAAGUCUCCUCAGUUCCCAUAGCUGGUUAGGAAUAGAGACCUGGUCAAGUCAGGCCCUUUUCUGGGAGAAAGAGGCCCCUGGAGGGUUUGGAAGAGGGUCAGCAUUCUUCCUGACUUCCUCUCCUGAAAUGUGAAUGCAUCCUCCUGUUCUUGAGAAAAGGCUUGUGGUAUCAGGUACCUACCUUCUCAACAGAAUUUUUUUUUUUUUGCUACUGAUGAAUUUUCCCCCCAGCCAUUUUGCCUGGCCUCUGGUUUCCUAUUCCAUAGGCUGCUCAGCUUUGGAAGUGAAAAAUGUUAUUUAAAGCUAUUUAUGUAGAUGGACACACUGAAUUUUCUAGGUGGGGGCAAGGGGUCUCAAAUGACAUGGAAACCCCCACACAGCUCUUCUGGCUCUGUCCCUAAAUCCCGUACUGAGAGGAGCGCAGAUAGGAAAUAGCAACUCAGUGUUAGUUUCCAUGUGAUUACCCAUUUUAAAGUCAACAUCAGGAUGAAAAUGAAAUUGAGUUUUGAUUUUGAUGUUUCCUUAAAAAUCCUCCUUCCCAAUCCAUCCUUCCUUGCUCCUAUAUCUGAAGGUUCUUUCAUAAAGCAGAGAAGAGUUGUCAUUGACAUCUAACCCCUUUCAUUAAAUUAAUUGUAGGUACUGACCUCCUAAUAUUUAAGUGUUUACUAUCUAUUGCUGUAAAGUUUUGUAUAUUUUGUAAACUUUUUUUCCCAAAUAGUAGAUGUUUAAAAUCGUUGUACAUCUGAUUCUUUUAUACUCCAUUGUUCAGCACAAAGUGUGGUUUUUAUUUAGAAUAAAAAAAAAAAA